GAUGGCGCCUCCAAGAGCUGCGAGCGGGUGACCGGCGGCGGGGAAGCGGCCUGGGUUGGCCCUCCGAUUACCGGGUCCUGGGGGCAUCUUCCCGGGCACCCCCCUGGCCCGCCUACAAGGCCUUCCCCGGCCAGAGCAAUGGCCGCCGAGAACAGCAAGCAGUUUUGGAAGAGGAGCGCCAAGCUGCCGGGGAGCAUCCAGCCUGUAUAUGGAGCACAACACCCGCCUCUGGACCCUCGACUCACCAAAAACUUCAUCAAAGAACGGUCAAAAGUCAACGCAGUUCCUUUGAAGAAUAAGAAGGCCUCCAGUUUCCAUGAGUUUGCCCGGAAUACCAGUGACGCUUGGGACAUUGGCGAUGAUGAGGAAGAGGACUUUUCCUCCCCUUCCUUCCAAACUCUAAACUCAAAAGUUGCUCUGGCAACCGCAGCCCAAGUGCUAGAAAACCACAGCAAGCUGCGGGUGAAACCAGAGCGCUCCCAGUCCACGACGUCCGACGCUCCUGCCAGCUACAAGGUCAUAAAGUCCAGCAGCGACGCUCAGCUCUCCAGAAAUGCCAGUGAUACAUGCCUGAGGAAUCCACUCCACAAACAGCAGUCACUCCCUCUCCGACCCAUCAUCCCCCUGGUUGCCCGUAUCUCGGACCAGAAUGCUUCCGGUGCACCCCCGAUGACUGUCCGGGAGAAAACCCGCCUAGAAAAAUUCCGUCAGCUUCUCUCCAGUCACAACACUGACUUAGAUGAACUGAGGAAGUGUAGCUGGCCGGGGGUUCCCAGGGAGGUUCGACCCGUAACCUGGAGACUCCUGUCGGGCUACCUCCCAGCAAACACCGAGAGGAGGAAGUUGACCCUGCAGCGGAAGCGGGAGGAAUAUUUUGGCUUCAUUGAGCAGUAUUAUGACUCUCGAAAUGAGGAACAUCACCAGGACACCUACCGGCAGAUCCACAUUGACAUUCCGAGGACAAAUCCUCUCAUUCCAUUGUUCCAGCAGCCGCUUGUGCAGGAGAUCUUCGAAAGAAUUCUGUUUAUUUGGGCCAUCCGACACCCUGCCAGUGGGUAUGUCCAGGGAAUUAAUGACCUGGUCACUCCGUUCUUUGUCGUCUUCCUCUCAGAAUAUGUGGAAGAGGACGUGGAGAACUUUGACGUGACCAAUUUGUCUCAGGACGUGCUUCGAAGCAUUGAAGCCGACAGCUUUUGGUGCAUGAGCAAGCUGCUAGAUGGGAUCCAGGAUAACUACACCUUUGCACAGCCAGGGAUCCAGAAGAAGGUCCAGGCACUGGAAGAGCUCGUCAGCCGGAUUGACGAGCAGGUACAUAAUCACUUCAGGAGGUACGAGGUCGAAUACCUACAGUUUGCCUUUCGUUGGAUGAACAACCUGCUCAUGCGGGAGCUUCCCCUUCGCUGCACCAUCCGCCUGUGGGACACGUACCAGUCUGAACCGGAAGGGUUCUCCCACUUUCAUCUUUAUGUGUGUGCAGCCUUCUUGAUCAAGUGGAGAAAAGAGAUCUUGGAAGAGGAGGACUUUCAGGGUCUCCUGAUGCUGCUACAAAACCUACCUACGAUACACUGGGGCAACGAAGAGAUCGGGCUGCUGCUGGCUGAGGCGUACAGACUGAAGUACAUGUUUGCCGAUGCCCCCAAUCACUACCGCCGAUAGGUGCUGUCUCCCCAGGGGGACCCAGACUGUCCCCAUCUCUGAUGGCAAUCUGAUCACUGUGGCCACUGUGCGAGCCGUGGACUCCGGCCAGGAGCCACUCCUGCUGUAAAAAGCUCACAUCCGCCGCCCAGGUCUUAACUUUCUGGCGUGCCUGUCCACCACGCCAUGUCUCUGGAUGUGUUUCUUGGACCACUUUCAGUAUUCCAUGACACGUGGAUGGGCCCAGCUCUGGGAGAGGACAGGAAAGGAGGUACAGGGUUGUCUGCCCCUUUGAAAGAAACUGGACAAAAGAAGGGGAAGGCUCAGGGUCUCAACUCACAUUGUCCCUACGUGGACUGUCUCUUGCCUCCCGACCCCGACUGAUGCCAUUGCUUUUUGUGACAUAGUUUGAUUUGAUCACAGGUCAAAAAACGCCUUAUGUUUUCAAAAGAUUCCUGACCCCUCUCCCCCCCCCCCCCCCCCCCCCCCCCCCCCCCCCCCCCCCCCCCCCCCCCCCCCCCAGUUCCUAGCCCUUCCCCUUCUGCCCUCUGAGCCAGUGAGGGGCAGCUUGAGACUUGCUCUCAGAUGGAGGAGGCACUGAUGCUUGUGACUGGGAAGAGGCCUACACCCAAGGGCUAGGAAUUUUAUUUUUCCUUUUCUCACCAGAUGUCUGUAUGUGUGCCUCCGUUCAUGUGUGUACGUGGGUACACACAGCCAUCAGCAUUUAGUUACAUGUCCAAGUUCAUGUGUCCACACCAGCCCCUCCACGACCAGCUGGGAUGGGCCCCCGGUGACCAAGUAUACAAGCAUCCCGUGAGAAGGAUCAGGGCAGGGGGAGGGAGAAGGGGCUUUUUACCUCUCCAAACCCCUUUUCCAUGAUGACCCACUCCAAGAUAUUAUGUGUAAAUUGUGUUAUUAUGUAUAUGGGUAAAGAUGUACAAAUAUAUGUCUUCUUUGUAGCAGAUAUGGUUUUAUAUUUAUAAUGUGCAUCAACAUGUGACAGCAAUCAAGGUCACUGGCACAGAUGACGUCGCCAGGCAGGUGGGUGCAGCACCUCCAGGUUGGUUUCGGGGCGCCUCCUGGGAGCAAGCAGAUGGGAGGCCACCAGAGCAGGCGGGGCCAGGCAGGAGGAGCUGCUCUGACAACCAGGGGGCAGUCGUCCAAGUGUCAGUGGCUCAGAGUUUUUCUGUCUCCCCUUCUUGCCCCGCCCUGGGUCUUAGUGGAGUGUCAGCCCUGCUCCUUCCCGCUGUUGGGCAGAUAGAGCCCCCACCCCGCCCUCACCCCUAGCCACCUCCCAGAGAGCAUGUUUUCAGCCCUUCCCUUUCCCCAGGAUGCUGGGGGAGAGCUUUUGUUGUUCCGUUUGAAGUCAGCAUUGUGUUCAAAACAAGCUGUGACUGACUCAUCAGUGCCAAGGAGAGGGGUUUUCUGUGUCCCCCUGGGGUCUGGGGCUCUUCUCCGAGAGAAGUGUCCAGCACUGCCCCACUGUCACCAUCCUAGCCCACACCGCUCAUGAGAUGCGUGAGGCAUGUUUGAUUUCUGGAGGUCUGUAGUGGAGAGGUGGGGGGAGAU